GGCUGGCGGCUUUUGGGGCUCAGAAACGCAGCGACUGCCAAGCGAGGCGGAUGGCCUAAAACGAAACGGGUUGGCGAGGCGAAUUACCCAGUGAACCGGUUAACCGAUUAACCAUCACACAAUUACCCGAUUCCAAAACGCGCGCGCGGCCAACUAUUUCAAUUACAAUUUAUUUAUUUUUGUUUCUGUUUACUCAAUGUGUUUUCGAGGCCUAAACGAAAGUGCAGAAAGGCAAGUGACUGUGAAUGCGAACGUGACGACGGCACAUCGAGAAAAUAUCCCCGAAAUCGGUCAACAAAUUGUCAAUAAUUUUCCUUUCACUCAAAAAUCGGUUAGUUUCAAAAUACCACAAAAUGAUAUAGUAGAACUUUUUUAAAACUUUUUGUUACUCGAUAAAAGUUGAUUGCUAAAUGGGUUUUGAGCAGAGAAUCAUUUUAACUCAAUCUUAAUCUUUUAGUUGAAUUUCUAUUAAGAUAAAAGAAUUCAUAAACUACCUUCACUGAAAAAUUUAGUUAAACCCAUAGAUUUUGGUUAGAAAAUUAAUUGUUUUAAGAAAUUCGAAGUCUAAUAAGUAAAUAUCCUUUUGUUGUCAAUAAAAAUUAAUCACUUGGCUCAAAAACCAGGAUAUGAAAAACAUUUUAAUGACCAUGCUGUUAUCUUUUUCCUCAGUGUGCGUUAACAGUGCAUGCAAAAAUAGAAUGAGAGUGCCCGAAUAACUCAAUGCAAUGCAGUGACAGCAUCAAAGUUGAAUAAAAGCAAAGAAACCGUCCAAAGAAAUUAAAAGAAAGAAACGGAGGAAUUCCUCCUCAAAAUCGAUAGCGAACCCAUCCAAAAAUCAUGGUAGUAGUUCCCGCUCUGGGCGCCGCCGCGGUCUCCGUGGGCGGACUGCUCUUCAAGGCCAGUGCCGCCUCCAAGGCGGCGGCGGCAGCGGGCGUGGCAGCGGCGGGCGCCUCCAAACUGGGACUGGCCAUUGCGGGCGCCAUCAAACUGGCCACCGCCGUGAUUGGCGUCGGCAAACUGACCAUCCUGCCCUUCCUGAUAGCAGCCAUCGCCUACUAUAACUACGAUCUCUUCGAUCCGGAGAAUCGACCCUUCAAUGUCCAGCAAGUGGAGGUGGCCUACGACUUCAUCAUCAUCGGUGGCGGUUCCGCGGGCACUGUUCUCGCCUCCAGAUUGUCCGAGAUCCCGCACUGGAAGAUCCUGCUCUUGGAAGCGGGCGGCCAUGAGACGGAAAUCUCGGAUGUGCCCCUGCUAUCGCUCUAUUUGCAUAAAAGCAAAAUGGAUUGGAAAUAUCGCACCCAACCGCAAUCGACGGCCUGUCAGGCGAUGAAGGACAAACGCUGCUGCUGGACGAGAGGAAAGGUUUUGGGUGGCAGUUCGGUGCUAAACACCAUGCUCUAUAUCCGAGGAAAUAAACGAGACUUUGACCAGUGGGCGGACUUCGGAAAUCCGGGCUGGUCAUACGAGGAGAUCCUGCCCUAUUUCAGAAAGUCCGAGGAUCAGCGGAAUCCGUAUUUGGCCAGGAACAAGCGCUACCAUGGCACAGGUGGCCUGUGGACGGUGCAGGACUCCCCGUACAACACACCCAUUGGUCCGGCUUUCCUGCAGGCUGGCGAGGAGAUGGGCUACGACAUCGUGGACGUGAAUGGGGAACAGCAGACGGGCUUCGGUUUCUAUCAGUUCAACAUGCGACGCGGUUCCCGCAGUUCCACGGCCAAGUCAUUUUUGCGACCAGCUCGUCUGCGUUCCAAUCUCCAUGUGGCCCUGUUUUCGCAUGUGACCAAGGUCCUCACCGAUCCUCAUACGAAACGGGCAACGGGAGUUCAGUUUAUCCGGGAUGGCAGACUACAGAAUGUGUACGCCACCAGGGAGGUGAUCCUGUCGGCAGGAGCCAUUGGAUCGCCCCAUCUGAUGAUGCUCUCGGGGAUUGGCCACGGCGAGGAGUUGGCUCGAGUGGGUAUCCCAUUGGUUCAACAUUUGCCGGGCGUGGGACAGAAUCUACAGGAUCACAUUGCCGUCGGCGGCAUAGCCUUCCUCAUCGAUUAUCCCAUUUCGAUUGUGAUGAAGAGGAUGGUUAAUAUUAAUACGGCCUUGAGGUAUGCCAUCACGGAGGAUGGUCCUCUGACCUCCAGUAUUGGCUUGGAGGCGGUGGCCUUUAUCAACACCAAGUAUGCCAAUGCCAGCGACGAUUGGCCCGAUAUGAACUUCAUGAUGACCUCGGCAUCGGUGAUGUCGGAUGGGGGAACGCAGGUGAAGACGGCCCACGGUCUGACCGACGAGUUCUACCAGGAGGUCUUCGGCGAGGUGAACAAUCGCGAUGUCUUCGGCAUAUUUCCCAUGAUGUUGCGACCGAAGAGUAGGGGUUACAUACGAUUAGCCUCCAAGAAUCCACUGCGUUAUCCCCUGCUGUAUCACAACUACCUCACCCAUCCGGAUGAUGUGAAUGUCCUGAGGGAGGGCGUCAAGGCGGCCGUGGCCAUGGGUGAAACCGAGGCGAUGAAGAGAUUCGGGGCAAGGUUCUGGAACAAACCGCUGCCGAAUUGUAAGCAUUUGACCCUGUUCACCGAUGACUAUUGGAAUUGCUUCAUCAGGCAGUACACGAUGACGAUAUACCACAUGAGUGGGACGGCCAAAAUGGGUCCACCCUCGGAUCCCUGGGCAGUGGUGGAUCCCCAGUUGAGGGUCUAUGGGAUUCCCGGUCUGCGGGUGAUAGAUGCCAGCAUAAUGCCGGCGAUCACGAAUGGCAAUAUCCAUGCACCGGUGGUGAUGAUCGGUGAGAAGGGCGCCGAUAUGAUCAAGCAGCUGUGGCUGACCCCCACCACGGCGCCAGCGGGGGGUGGGGGAGGUCAUGGUCAGGGCCCAAGUCCGCGUCAAGGUCACAGUACAAGCCCCCCAACGUCACGCACCCAGUGGCGUAUUAAACGAUCGUUAAACUCCACGGAAACAACGAGUGAAAACUUGGACAUCGGAACAUCAUCGCCAGUUCAUCAAUGGCCUCUGCCAAGGUCGUAGCGAUUUAAGGAACGGAGGGGGGGCGGGGGUGUUUUUUUUUCUCAUAAAAUGGGGUCAAGCGGGGUCGCCGGGGUGUUCGGUUCACUGGGGGGUUCUAGCACAAAUUCUCGCCUUCAAAAUAAAUUUAAUUUAUUAAGCUUCAUUUGCUUCCCAUUCUCACUGUCUUUCGCUUGUUAGCCAAAAUAUAAAAAUAUAUAGUACAUACAUGUGUAUGCAUACUUCCCUUUCCUUAAACAAAACACCCCUUGACCCCCCCUCAACCCAUGACCUUAGUCACUUAAGCGCUUUAUGUAAAUAUCGAGUCAUUUAUGCUAAUUCUUACAUUUUUUUUUUUGUUUUAAUAUCGCUCGUCUGUUUGUGUGUGUCUAAUCGAAAUGUGUACUUUUGUUUUUACUUUUAUUGUUUGUUUGACGCCGCGUACACUUGGAGUACCUCAAUUAGUCCGUAAGUCGAAGAUUACGAUUACGAUGCAAAUGUUUGAUUAGUUCUUAAAUGUAAACGAACUCAAUAAAUCGAAUAAAUAAAUAUAUUACCUCAUGCGUUGUUUUAUUGAACCACUGUAAAUGACCAAAAAAUCGACCCAAAAAGGCAAGCCAAGACUUAAACACCGAGUUUUAGCAAAUUAGCCCACGAUUAUUUAGAGGUAUGCGACUUUAAAAUCGGAG